AUGUCAGUUCCACCUAUUUCAAACGAUGUCUUAGACUUGAUUGGUAACACACCUUUGAUUAGGUUAAACAAAAUUCCCCAGUCUUACGGUAUAAAAGCUAAGGUUUACGCCAAGGUUGAGUUAUUUAACCUGGGUGGAUCGAUCAAGGACAGAAUUGCCAAAAACAUGGUUUUGGAGGCCGAGAAAUCUGGCAGAAUAAAGCCGGGAUACACUCUUAUUGAGCCAACUUCUGGUAACACUGGUAUUGGUUUGGCCCUCGUUGGAGCGGUCAGAGGAUACAGAACUAUUAUCACUUUGCCUGAGAAGAUGUCCAACGAGAAAGUUUCAGUCUUAAAGGCUUUGGGCGCUGAAAUUAUUAGAACACCCACAGAAGCUGCUUGGGAUGCUCCAGAAUCCCAUAUCGGAGUUGCAAGGAAGUUAGAAAAGGAGAUUCCAAACUCGGUGAUUUUGGAUCAAUACGGGAAUGAGGCCAAUCCAGAUGCGCAUUACUACGGAACUGGUUUCGAAAUUUGGGAACAGACUGAGGGAAAAAUCACACACUUAGUUGCCGGAGCCGGAACCGGUGGUACCAUCUCAGGUAUCUCCAGGUACUUGAAGGAACAAAAUCCGGAAGUGACAGUGCAUGGCGCUGACCCCAAAGGCUCCAUUUUGGCUCAACCUGAAUCCUUGAAUGCAUCUACCGAUGGAUACCUUGUUGAGGGUAUUGGGUAUGAUUUUAUCCCUGAUGUAUUGGACAGAAAGUAUGUUGACCAUUGGAUCAAAACCGACGAUGCAGAGUCCUUCAAAUUGGCGAGAAGAAUAAUCAGAGAAGAGGGUAUUCUUGUUGGUGGGUCAUCCGGAUCAGCAUUGCAAGCAGCAUUGCAAGUUGGCAAGGAUUUGACUGAGGAAGACACUCUUGUUGUUGUGUUCCCAGACUCCAUCCGGUCAUAUUUGUCUAAGUUUGCAGAUGACGAGUGGAUGAAGACAAAUGGUUUCAAACUUGAAGAAAACAAUGUUGUGGCUGACAAAACAGAUGACUUCAUGAACAACAGAAGCAUUAAAGACUUGGUUGCUGGUAAGCCACCUGUAGUGACUGUCACAUUGGCCGAUACUGUCGAGAAGACCUUUAACUUGUUGCAAAGCAAUGGCUUUGAUCAAUUGCCCGUUUUGAACGAGUCUGGGAAAUUGUUGGGCUUGAUCACAUUAUCUCAAAUCUUGAAAGCUUUGUCGACCAAGAAAGUGCAGAUGACUAACUCCAUUCGCAGCAUUUUCUUGGACUUCAGCAAAUUGGCCGACUUUGAAAAGUCGUUCUCCAUUACCAAAAAGUCUGGUUUCACCAAGAGAUCAUAUCAGACUAUUACCUUGGAUACCUCAUUGUCGUUGUUGAACAAGUUUUUUGAGACAAAUUCCAAUGCCAUCAUUACUGACAAGGAAAUGAAGCCAGUGCAAAUUGUGACUAAGGUUGAUUUGUUAGCCUACAUGGCAAAAGAGGUAAGUCUUUAG